GACUUUCAGCCACUCCUGUUUGCUCUCACAGAUCAUCCUGGAAGGGGAAAGCCACCCAGGAAGCCGAGGAUCUGGUUCCGCGAACCUGCACUUUGCCCCAUCCAGGGCUGAUGGCCCUGCCUCCCGAGCCUCAGUUUCCCUCCGGCAUAGGAUGGACGCUCCCACGUCUUCCCCUUGGCUCCCCUGAAGUCGAUUCACUGUAAAAAAUCAGGUCUGGGCCCGGGAUGGGCACCUUAAAUCGGAGGAAGACUUCCCGGUUCAGGGGUUCUUCGCGUCUUUGGGAAGAAAGGAGAAACUACGUUACCCAGAAAGCCGUGCGCCGCGUGUCGGACGGCCCGCGGAGGGGGCGUUUCCGGAGGCUUCCCACGGGGGCGGGACUUCCGAGUUGCUCUCCGCGGACGCCAUUUGCCUCUCCGGCCCGGUCUCGGCGGCCUGCAGUCGCCGGGUGCUGGGCCCGCGCCGCUUCUCUGGCCUUUCGUCGGCGCAGAGCCGAGAAGGGGAAUAAGAAUCACCUUCGUGCGUCACACGGCCCGGGACUCUCUGUACCGGGCGCGUCCCCUGUUCGCCCGUCGCGCCGCGCGGCCUCUGCGGGGCCUCCGCGCCCGCCCUGCGUCCCCGCCGCUGCCAAGGGCGGCGCCCUGGGUCCCGUGCGCCUUCCGCUGCGGCUCGGAGUGCGGCGGUCCGCCGAGGCCGCCUGGCCAGGGCAGGGCGGAGGGAGGUCGGCAGGCCGCCCGGUACUCGCCUGUCCCAGCUCGCUCGGCCCUCAGGGUCCUGUGAUGGCGGCGUCGCCGGCGCGGCGGACGGAGGUGUCCGUGACCUUCGAUGAUGUGGCCGUGACCUUUACCCGGGAGGAGUGGGGGCAGCUGGACCCAGCCCAGAGGACCCUCUACCAGGAGGUGAUGCUGGAAAACUGUGGGCUCCUGGUGUCCCUGGGCUGUCCUGUUCCCGGACCUGAGCUGAUGUACCAGCUGGAGCACGGGCAGCGGCUGUGGCCGCUGAAGAAAGGCCUCCCUCAAAGCGCCUGUGCAGGUGACAAAGGAAAAUCCAAGACCACAGAAUCUACCACUUGUGAGCCAGCCCUGUCUGAAGGAGCCUCACUCCAGCUAACACAAGAAGCCCCCGGGGACUCCUGGCUGAGGCAGACCAGGGAUCAGGCUGGGCCACUGGGAAUGCAAGAAGGACACUUGAGAUCAAGGUCAGAGCCCCAAAGGGAGAGGCUCCCUCAGAGAACAAGCCCCAAACAUGGCGGCUCAGGGGCAGCAGAUGGUGUGUGUUCAGGGAAUGUCCCAGAGCCAGUGCCCCGAGGACAUGCUGUCCAUGACAGUGACUCCUGUGGAUCGGGUAAAGAUCCCGUGAUGCAGGAAGAGGAAAAUACCUUUAAAUGCAAUGAGUGUGGGAAAGUUUUUAACAAGAAACACCUUCUUGCUGGACAUGAAAAGAUUCACUCUGGAGUGAAGCCCUACGAAUGCAGAGAGUGUGGGAAAACAUUUAUUAAGAGCACACACCUCCUCCAGCACCACAUGAUCCACACAGGGGAGAGGCCCUAUGAGUGCAUGGAGUGUGGGAAGGCCUUCAACCGCAAGUCAUACCUUACACAACACCAGCGGAUUCACAGUGGCGAGAAGCCUUACAAGUGCAGUGAAUGUGGAAAGGCCUUCACCCACCGCUCCAAUUUUGUCUUACAUAAAAGGAGACACACUGGAGAAAAAUCCUUUGUCUGCAAAGAAUGUGGGCAGGUCUUUCGCCAUAGGCCUGGAUUUCUUCGACACCACAUCAUCCACAGUGGUGAGAAUCCCUAUGAAUGCUUUGAGUGUGGCAAGGUCUUCAAACACAGGUCAUACCUCAUGUGGCACCAGCAGAGUCACACUGUGAAGAAGCCCUAUGAGUGCAGUGAGUGUGGGAAAGCUUUCUGUGAGAGUGCAGCCCUCAUUCACCACUAUGUCAUUCACACUGGGGAGAAGCCCUUUGAGUGCCUCGAGUGUGGGAAGGCCUUCAACCAGCGGUCAUACCUCAAGAGGCACCAGCGCAUUCACACUGGGGAGAAGCCUUUUGUGUGCAAUGAAUGUGGCAGGGCCUUCACCCACUGCUCUACUUUUAUCUUGCACAAAAGGACCCACACUGGAGAAAGACCUUUUGAGUGCAAAGAAUGUGGGAAAGCCUUUAGCACUAGGAAAGACCUCAUUCGACACUUCAGUAUCCACACUGGGGAGAAGCCCUUUGAGUGCAGGGAGUGUGGGAAAGCCUUCAACCGCAGGUCAGGCCUCACGAGGCACCAGCGGACUCACAGUGGAGAGAAGCCCUAUGAAUGCAUGGAGUGUGGGAAAUCCUUCUGCUGGAGCACAAACCUCAUUCGCCAUGCCAUUAUCCACACUGGAGAGAAGCCCUUUAAGUGUAAUGAGUGUGGAAAGGCCUUCAGUCGCACCUCAUCCCUCACGCAGCAUCAAAGGGUUCAUACUGGGAGAAACCCUGUCAGUGUAACAGAUGUGGGAAGACCCUUCACAAGCGGGCAGUCCUCAGUCACCCUCCGAGAACUCCUUUUGGGGAAAGACUUUUUGAGUGUAAACACUGAGGGAAAGCUUUUGCCGGAGAAAACAUCAGCCACAGCAUCUGAUCGUACAUACCAAAGAGAAACUCCACGGGUAUCUUCACACUGAGAAAACCUAUCACAGAUUAUCAGUAGUCACAUCGUAGAGAUUGUCUCAACCUAGAGCCUUAUUCUACAUCUGGGAAUUCAUCCAGGAGGGAGAGACCACUGUUUAUUGUGCACUAAGUGAAACCUUUAGCUGCAUUUUUCUCCUUAGUUUACACAGCAGUGUUAUCUCAGGAAUUUUUUUAAAAAGAGGUGGAAACUUAGAAAACAAACAAAACAGUUUCUUUGAGACUUCUCUGUCUAGUUUAUUGCACUUUGUCGUGGACUCCUUGGUUUACUUGAGACUGGCAGAUAAUGUCUCAGAGGCCAGGGGCCUGACCCUUUAUAUGUCUUGUGUAUACAUUCAUUGCUUUGCCGUGUCAGGAGACUUAGGGCAGGUAUUUUAAGGAGAUUAGAUACCCAUAUGAAUGGGCACAUGUUACUGCACCAGUUAAAACUGCUUAAGGCUCUCAAAAAAACAACUGUUCUUUCAUGGUUUUAAGCAUCACUCAGACACUCUUGAUCUAAUCUGUUGUUUACUUCAGUAGCUAUACAGUAAAUCUUAAAAUUGGAUAAAGUGAUUCCUCUAUUAUUUAUAUUGUUUUGCUUUACUAGUUCCUUUUGUUUUUCCAUAUAAGUCUUAGGAUGCAACGGAUCUUGCUCACAUUUUUAUAAAAAUUGAUUUACAUUUGUAGAUCAGUUGAGUUAGCAUCGUGAACACAGUACAUGGUGUGCUUUAAGUAAUUCUUGAUAAUUUUAUUACCAUUUCAUAACUCAGCGUACAGUUUUGGUAACAUUUUUAAAGAUUUUAUCUAGGUUGGGUGGGUUUUUUUUUUUUUUUUAGUCAUCAUACAUGACGUUGACUUCCAAACUUUAAUUUUCCACGUGAUCUUUAGUAGUAUACAGAAAGAUAAUUGGUUUUUGGAUGGUAUUUUGGUAUACUGCAAUCUUGCUGAACCCACUUAUUUCCAGCCAUUUCUUUGGAAAGAGCCCUUGGGAUUUUGUUCAUAGAUAUGUCAGCUGCAAAUAGUUUUAUUUCUUUCUUCCCUUCUCUGGAUCUGUUACUUCCUUUCUUACUGCACUAUCUAGGGCUUCCAAUAGUAAUGAAGGAUAUCCUUGGCUGAUUCCUUGUAUUAUGGGGGAAAUGUUCAGUUUUUGUCAAGUACAAUGUUGUUAAGUUUUUCCCAAAGUUCAUUAACAAGUUUAGAAAGUUUCUGUUCUUAAUUGGCUGUGAUUUUUUUGUUAGGAAUGAAUGUUGGCUUUUGUCAAAUACCCUCCAUCAGCUAAUGUGAUCAUUUGCUUUUUCUUCUAAAGCCUGUUUAUAUGAUGUAUUGUAUUGAUUCAGUUUUGAAUAUUGAACCAGCUUUGCAUCUUUGGAAUAAACCUACUUGGCUGUGGAGUGUCAGUUGUUUCAUAUAUCAAAUAUUAAAUCAUUCCAUUUCGUUGUAUUUCCUUGAAUUUUUCCUCUAAUUUCUUGGUUGGUGUGUAGUUCUCACUUUUUUUUGUUUCUUUUUAACUACUGUCAUUGUCUGGCUUUGGUGUCAAGGUAAUAGUGGCCUCCCAAGUUGAGUUGGGAGGUAUUGUUCCCUGUUUUUUAGGAAGUCUGUAAUUGUUUUUGUUAUUUCCAUGUUUGAUAGCAUUCUCCAUUACCAAUUGGACCUUGAGACUUUUCUUUUGGAUUCUUUUAAAUCACUUGGUGUAAGUAUGGAGCUAUUCAGGGUAUCUGUUUCAUAUUGGACAAAUUGGAUAGUAUCUCAAGGAAUUGUUCCAUUUCAUCUAAAUUUUCUAACUUGUAGACUUGUUUGAAGUAUUCUGCUGUUUUUAAUUUCAGCAGGAUCUGUACUUACAUCCCAUUUUAUUCCUGGUUUUGGAAGUAGGUCAACUAUUUUUAUCUUUGUCAGUGUUUUUAGGCAUUCAUUAGUUUCAUUGAUCAAUUUGAAGAAUCGGCACUUUAUUUCAUUGAUUUCUAUUUGUGUUCUUAAUUUCACUGGUUUUGUCUUAGGAUCUUUGUUAUGUCUUCUACUUUGGUUGUAUUUUUCUUCAGUUUUUCGAGGUGAUUGUUGAAUUUUUUUUCUUUUCUAAUGUAAACACUAAAGUACUACAAAGUUCCCUCGCCUCAUUGUUCUAGCUUCAUUUUGCAAGUUUUAAUUACAAGUUUUAAUUCACUGAGUUCUAAGUAUUUCUUCAUUCCUUUAGAGACUUCCUCUGUAACCCAUGGAUUAUUUAGAAGUACAUUGUUGAGUUUCCUAAGUAUUGGUGUUAUUCAGAUCUUCUGUAUCCUUGCUGACCUGUCUAGUAUUUUUGUCAGUUACGGAGAGGGGUGCUGAAGUCCUGGAGUGUAACUGUGGAAUUGUCCGUCCCUCUAAGUUCUGUCAGUUUCUGCUUCAAGGAUUUCAAACCUGUUUGGGGCAUAUACAUUUAGUAGUACUACAUCAUCUUGGUGUAUUGACCCUUUCUUUGAUAGUUACAUGUCUUUUUAUCACUUCCUCUUGUUACCUUUAAAGCAUACUUUGAUAUUAAUGUAGUCACUACUGCAUUUUGUUUAUAUAUUUAAUUUUUCCAUAAAUAACUUUAUUUUCAACCUUAUCUGUAAUAUUACAUUUGAAGUUUCUUGUAACAACCUAUAGUUAGUUGGCUUAUACUCUCUCCUCCAUUCUGCCACUUUUUAAAAUUGGUAGAUUUAUUUAGGUCAUUUAAAUAUAAAAUAAUAGAUGUGUUAGAGCCUUAAGCAUACCACUUUGUGAUUUGUUUUUUUGUUUGUGUUCUCUUUAUAUAGUUCCUCUUGUUUUCUGGUUGUUUUGUUGUUUUGGUGGGGGCUUUCCAGGGAGGGGUCUGUCUUGGGUUACUUCGGCGUUUUUUAUUAGAGUUCCAUUUGAUACCUUUGUUAAGUAUGUCUUAAUUUUUUUUACCAAGGUAUUGCGUAUACGUAACACAGUCUAACAUUAUCAGCAUUUUAGCACUUUGAUGUAUAUAAACCUUACUUGCAUUCUUCUUUAUAUUCCCCAAUCUUAAUGUAGUUGUUCCAAGUAUUUUCUCUUCAUACACUGAGCACUAUAUUGGAUGUGGUUGUAAUUUUUGCCUCAGCUGUCAACCAUUUUUUUACAAAAUUCAUAAAAAGCAUAAGUCUGUUUGCCUCUACUUUUUCCCAUUCCAUUGUAGUUUCUCCUAGUAACCUUUCCCUUCUGUUUGGCAGAUUACAUGUAGCCUUUCUUCUAAGAUAGGUCUUCUGUUGACAUAUUUUUGUUUCCUUCAUCUAAAAAUGUCCCCUUCUCUUCCCAAAGGUAUUUGUAUGGGAUGUAAGAUUGGGGAUCCACAGUUCUUUCAGUACAACAAAACCCGUUACCUCCUGUCUUGAGUGGUUUCAGACGGGAAACCUGGUGCCAUUCAGCCCAUUGUUUCUCUCUCUGUAGUGCAUCCUUUCUGUCAAGGGCUUUCAAAGUUUUUUUCUUUGUCUAGAGUAUUCAGAGGUUUGAUAAUGAUGUUAUGGCAUGGGAUUUUGGGGGUUUAUACUGUUUGAUAUUUGUCCAGCUUUUUGUAUCUGUAAGUGUAUGGCCUUUGCCAAAUUUGGCGAGUUUUCCAUAAGUCUGUCUCCAAAUAGCUUUUCAGCCCUCUUUCCUUUCCUUCGGGGACUUGAGCGUGUCGUUCUGGGUGCGGCUCCUUCCUGCUCUCUUCUUUUUCCCAGUCUGUUUUCGCCGUUGCUCAGAUUGAUUUCCACUGAUCUUUCUCUGAGCUCACAGAUUCUUUUGUCUCCCGUAUCUAAUAUGCUGUUGAGCUUGUCCAGUGAGUUUUCAUUUUGAUUUUUGUUAUUUUUUUGGUUAUUUAAUGUACAUGUUACUUUUUCACAUCUUCUGCUUCCUUGCCUAGUUUGUGAUGCCAAAGAAGGGACUCUGAGGAAACAGGCAAAACUGCAGUCCAGAUUCAUGGUUCUCUGGUGGUUUAGCCUGAUGUUGGAAUGGAAAUCUGAAUUACAUGGAGGAAUGGAAGGCCCGUUAUCCACACAUAUUUCUAAGAACAGCUCUUACAGCUGAGGGUGAUCUGCAGAUUGUUCAGAGUUGUGUUCUCUUGGGAAGAUUGGUGUGUAAAUUUCCUGUUCUUUAAGCUUUGUUACAAGUCCCAGCGGGGACGGAGUGUGAUGUAGUGAGUCAUAAGAAAUACAUAUUUGGAGGACCAAAGCAUUAUUUUCAGACGACCAACUAUAUAUUUCCCAGGUAUGUCUGGUCUUCAUGCACAGCUCUUGAAAACACCGCAGGGACUUAGAGGUGAAAUGGGCGUCUUGUCAAGUUAAUGAAAAACUCUUGGACCCCCACCCAGGGGCAGGGCUGGAGGCUGGAUCAGCCAGUGGCCAGUGAUUUAGUCAAUCGUGACUAUGCAGUGAAGACCUCAGAAAACCCCUUGAGAAGAGCUUACCAAAAGGGAAUUUUGACACCUACUAAGGGUCUCGUGACCAUGAGAAACCUGGUUCUCUGCUUGGGGAGCCAGAACACGUCCAGGUGCCACCAAGCCAGGCCCCAAGCUCCACCAGGAUAGAAACUCUCUUAAUUUGGGACCUUGGCCUAUUCCAUCUGUUCAGCUGGCUGUUAACUUGUAUCCUUCAUUAAACUGGUAAAUGUGUUUUCCUGA